CACGAUUACAAUGCAUUUGCGAACGCGUGGUUAGGACGCGACUCAAUGGAUACGACUUGCCUGUCAAAUAUGCGAAUAUUCACGCGACACUUAUUUCGAAUGCGCUCGGCAGCGUUUUAAGAGUACGUGCGAUGUUGUGCUCGACGACGGACUUCAAUUUCAUACGUAAACCGUACCGGACUUCCACAAGAACCGUCGAGCAGAACCAGAUGAACUCAGAAUCUCAAGGGCAGUGUUGUAUGUUACUGCGAUGAAAGAUGCCAAUUCUUAAGGAGCAGUGCUUCUGUUGAAGUGGUUCUGGUUCAAGAGGCCUGCUAAAGCACAAUGAGAGCCAUUGUAUCAAUUGCGCUGAUCACACUGCUGUGUGGCAUAAGCUUAGCCCCUAUCAAUGCCGAUAGGAUAUGUGCCAGUAAAAGGAAAAAUGUUGAAAAUUUUUCUGUGAAACAGAAUUCAGCAAGUAUUUCUGAAGAUGUAUCCAAUAACCAUAAUGUAAGUGAAGAUCUCCAAUAUGAGAGAUGUCAUAAUAAUAAUUUCUGUCAUGCCUUAUGGCAAGAGGAUAAGACUGCAAAUGGUACUAAAAUUAAAAUUUUAUCUCAAGGUUGCUGGAAACAAUCUGGUGAAGAAAAAUGUGAAAAUAAAGAAUGUAUUGCAUUAGAAAGAUCUACAAAAGCUUUGAACAAUACAAAAUUUUGUUGCUGUCAAGGGCAUUACUGUAAUAUUAACAUUACGAGUUCCAAUCUUGCUUAUCCAGAUAACAAAUCAUCUAAUUCUGUUUCUUCGCAAAAAAGUCAGCCAACUAGAGAAUAUCUUGAACAGUCAAACUCUGAACGAUGGAUGCUUAUUAUAGUAAGCGUCAUAGCAUGUACACUGCUAAUAAUAUUUACUAUAGCAAUGCUUAUAUAUAGAACGUAUCGUAACAAUAUUUUAGCAAGAUUAGGAAAGCCAUUACCUUAUAAUGAUCAGUUCAUGGAUAGUACAGCGUUAAGAACUGGUACUUAUACAGUUGAUCAUUUGAAACUCGCAACUAUCGUUGGUCAAGGACGAUAUGGAUCAGUUUGGCAAGGCAGUAUGGGAGAUCAAGAUGUUGCAGUUAAAAUUUAUCCCUCACACUAUCGCAAUUAUUUUCAGAAUGAAAGAGAUACUUAUUGUUUACCUUUUAUGGAACAUCCAUCAUUAUUAAGCUACUAUGGCAUGGAUGAAAGAAUAAGUAUGGAAGGUAGUGUUGAAUAUCUUUUGGUAUUCAGUUUUGCUCCAGGUGGUAGUUUAACAGACUUUUUACGAACGCACACUAUUGACUGGACCACAUUCUGCAAAAUGAGUCUUUCUAUAGUUAAAGGACUUGCUUACUUGCAUACAGAUAUACGCAAAGGUGACAAGUUUAAGCCAUGUAUUGCACAUAGAGAUAUAAAUUCAAGGAAUAUAUUAAUCAAAGCUGAUGGCACUUGCUGUAUUUGCGACUUGGGAUUAGCAGUUCAGAUCUCCGGAUCUAAAUAUUAUUCUAAUGGAGAAGAGCAGCAUGCUGAAUUAAAAUCAAUUAAUGAUGUGGGCACUCUGAGAUAUAUGGCUCCAGAAGUGUUGGAAGGCGCUGUUAAUUUACGAGAUUGCGAAAGUUCUUUAAAACAGAUAGAUGUUUAUGCAAUGGGAUUAGUUCUUUGGGAAUUAGUUACAAGAUGUUCUGACAUUUAUAUUCCUGGAUCGGAAGUACCACAGUAUAAACAACCAUAUGAAAAUGAAAUAGGUCUUCAUCCAACAUUUGAACAGAUGCAGGUCUUAGUGUCGCGUAACAAAGCCAGACCACUUUUAGAGGGUAAUUUAGUGGACAGACCAGGGGUGCGUUUGAUUAAGGAAACCAUGGAAGACUGCUGGGACGCAGAUGCUGAAGCUCGUUUAACUGCUUUAUGUACAGAAGAACGUCUUUCAGAACUGCAGUCUCAUCGUGUUACAAUGCAUUUUACCGAUGGAAGUCCGAUGGUGAAUUCUCAUUGCACCCUAGUGCCUUCAACAACAAACAGUCUUUAUAGCGAAUCUUCGCAUCAUGAUAAUGUACAUGUUGUUCAACUUGCACUGAAUAUGGUGCAAGAUGGUAGUGCUAAUGACAGUGCAAUAGCUGAAAAUUUAGUUACAUUAUCACCGUCUGACAGUGUUGUUCAUGAACACAGUUUCAAAAAUUCAAAUGAAGUAGCUAUAUAUAAUCAUACUCAAACGCUUCAACCUUAUCAAGGUAGAAAUCCAUGUAUGGAAAGAAAUUUGAUGUUACAAUCGGAUUCCUUGGAAGAUUUAGGUUGCAAUGGUAAUGUUCUCGUGGAUAAAUCGUUGAAGCACGCGUGUAACGAUCAAUAUAAAACCGCUACAGAAGCACAAGGUCUGGUUUCGCAUGAUUACUUAAGCCAACAUACUACUCAAUUAACGCAACUCAGACCGGCAACGCCUAUACCAUAUGUUCAAAACGUGAUUUCUGACGAAGGAUCAUCUUCAUAUAACAAGCGAAAACAAACGAACAUACACGAUUCGUCUAUCCUAGAAAGUCCACGAAAGAAAUUAUUUGUCUGGCCGAAUCUGAAAAAACUACUCAUCAACAAGAAAAUGUAUCCCUACAGCAGAUACCAAAUAGAUAGAGAGGAUUCCAAGUCAAAUUUAUUAUCAAAGCAAAAUAUUCAGAUUAAAGCUGUUGAAACAAACGUAACAAUCUCAUCUGGAGGCAAAUAUGUAAAUGGCAUCAUUGGUAAGACUUCCACUUCAGCAAUGCCAAUAGAAAAGAAUGACAAAAAUGUACAAACGGGGAAGCAUAAACAAUAUGACAAUGAUAAUGUGACAUCCAAUGCGCGUCCUUCCACUUUGCCACUUGUAAAUUUAAGAAAUAAAAAGAGAGAAAACAAUCUGAGCCGACAACAAAGCAUCGAUAAAUUUAACGAAGUUUUUAAUGUGGGUUCAAACGUGAAUAAUGCAUUGAAGGAUCCACAUAUGAGAAUAAAAACGCCUGGUGAUCUACCGCCGUCUGUUAGGAAAAUUCGUGGUCGUGGACAGUCAACGGCGAGAUUUUCGCUUUACGACGAUCGUAUGAUGUGCAAUAUCCUGAGCGAAGAAGAUGAUCGAAGUGACAAAGCCAUUUGGAAUUCUGUGCCAUUUGGUAUGGAUCUCGGUGAUAGUGACGGAAAACAUUCACCAACGAAACUCAGUACCAAAAAUGUUACAUGCUUUUAAAUCAGAUUAUGAUAUUAAUGUAUUGUAAAGUCUUUAUGUCUAUAAUUUAGUCAUGAAAAGAAGAAGAAUGCUGUAGAAAAUCUUCAGCUUCAAUUUGUGUACAGAACUUGUGUAUAAGGAAGUUUUUAUACUCAAUGAAAAUAUAUUGCUACAACAUAAAUGACACUAAACGAUGACAUUAAAAGGAAAUUAGAAAAAGAUGAUACUCAGAGAAACUCGUGCUACUCAAUUGGUUUGUCAUAUUAUAUUGAUAGCAUAUUUUGUGUGUGCAUCAUGAAUGCUUUUCAUGAAGUAGAUGAUUGAAUAUGCACAUGAUAAUUAUAAAUAGAAAAUAGAAAAUCAAAUUGUCUUGCAAUCUAUGUAUGCUGAACUAUAAGAGAAAUGGGUUUGUUCGUCAUAACUCUACUUUCAUAUAUAUGUGAAUCAUCUUCUUUAUAGUCAAUAUUUUCUUUUUUUCAAUUUGAUAUUUAUAGAAUUAAUGCAUUCAGUGUAAUUAAUAAAUACAUAGACAAUCAAUGUUAACAUUUACAUCACGUCGUAAAACAUUGUUAACAUCUUGAUGUGUAAUUGACUUUUAAUCAUUUCACAGCAUUUAAAAGACAUAAUCUCUAUACAUGUAAUGUAAAACAACAAUCUCUUAAUGUUAAUAUUUAUGGAAUAUUCUCCAUUUGAUAUUAUUAGUCGAAUAUUUACAAAAUUACGGACGAAAGU